ACACUAGGAGGCAUCAUUUUACUUGACCCCUUGGUUUAAUUCAUCACCCUUCAUUGCACAUUUGACAUAGACCCUGCUCUUUCUCUUAGGAACAGGUCAUUUUAGUUUACGUCAUUUGCGUAUUGAACACGUGACGAGAGGCUUUUCUGUUUCAUGAAUAUACCAAAGUGCAACAAAGGAAAAAAAGAAUGUAAUAACUAAAUCUCAAUGUUUGAAAAUCAACCUUAUAAAAAAUUGUAAUUAUACAAGUAUGAAGUAUCCCCCCAGGUGACAGCAGUGUUGUGAUGAUCACUGUGGUAACGACACCCCCUUCGCUCAGGGUUUCAGACUCCCUGCUGGAUGAUUUUUCACCACAGCCUUGACGUGACCUUUAGGGCUUAAGCACUUGGAGGGAUUAAGAAAUCGCUGGGCUGCCCUCCCUAGUAUAUAUUCUGCUAUUCCAAACUUCUGGUACAAACAGGGUUGGCCCUGCAGACAAGUAAAGUGUUUAUCUCUGAAAGAUUCAUUUAUUUUUUAAAUUGAGGGUCAAAAGUCUAGGCAGCAGCCCCUGAAUUUACAUUUAUCAUAGCCAAUUCAAAUGAGCUGUUGGCCUAGUGUGGUUUUAUUCAUCAGGACUGACGCGGGUUGUAUGAGAAAGGCAGAGGUCAGCCGGGUCACAUCACCCCAGUCUCGGUGUCCCUGAGGCUGCGAAUUGAGAAGCAUUGCCCACAAUUUAAAUCUGGGUACUUAGAAAGUGUUCCAUUUCUGCUUGUGUUUUUAAUAAGAAGCAAGACACAUUAGGCCUCAAAUUCUCAAUCUGAGGACGGACGGUGCGUGUGUGUGGGAGGCUCAUGGACGUGCAUGCAGGAACUUCCUAUCAUAACCGGGAGCGCGCUUUAUGACGUAAGUCGCUUGCCGCGCAGUGAUGAUGGCGGUGCGUGAACGCGCAGUGAAAGCAAUGGCUGCUCUGGAACGGCGGGUGCCUAGCCUCGGUGAUUUCGAGGGCCAAAGCUGGAGCACCUGGGCCGAGAGGGCCGGUGUGACCGCGUCGGAUGGGGCUGAUGUAGAAGAGAGCGGCAAGAAUGGCAAAAAGGCAGCUGAGGCCAUGUCGCUCAGCAAGGAGGACAUGUGUAUCUUCGGCCACUACCCGGGCCAGGAUGACUUCUACCUGGUGGUGUGCAGCCACUGCGGCCAGGUGGUGAAGCCCCAGGCCUUCGAGAAGCACUGCGAGCGGCGCCACGGACCGCUGGCCAAGGUGUACGCCCGCCUGCGGGCCCCUGCCCCGGCCCCCGCCCCGCAGCCACAGCAGAGGGCCCGCCACGGCCACGGCCACUCCCCGUCGCACGCCCCGAGCGCCCCGCCGGCCCCAGCUUGGGAGGGCCGCGGGGCCCCGGGGCAGGGGCCCCCGCCGCCACUGUCACGGGCGGCCCCGCCCUCCCCCUCCACCCCGCCCCAGUACAGACACGCCAAGAGCUCCAAGGAGGGAGGACGACCCCCCCCCAUGGAGAAGCUGUCUCCCAGCAGCGGCGGUGGAAGCGGACGUGUGGAGGCGCCCGCGUUCAAGCCACCUCCGGUCCUGGACCCCCCGCUGAGCUCGCCGCCCCUGUCCCUCCGAGACCCCCCCUGGCCACAUGGGGGCGCCACCCCUCCGCCUGGCCGGCAGUCCCCAGGGGAGCGAGUGCCCCCCUCCACCCAGAAGAAGGACCCCGUGAUGGGGGCCGGGGUGGGGCUUGGGGGCCCCUCCCACCGUGUCCCCAGACCGUACAACAAGGUGGCCUCCAAUCGGUGUCUGCAUCGAACCAAAACAGGGAGGGAAUGUGACCUGGACAAACACUGUGGAGUCCUGGACCCGGACAGAAAGAAGGUCUGCACGCGCCUCCUCACCUGCAACAUCCACUCCAUCCACCAGCGGAGGAAGGUGCCCGGGCGAAGUAAAAACUUUGACCAGCUGGUGGCGGAGCUGAAGACGAAGGUCCGGGAGAAGGGCCCCCAGUCGCUGGACGGCAGCCUGUCUUCGGGGCUCCCCUCCAGCCCUGAGGCCCCCAGAGAACCCACGGGGGCCCCCCACUGCAGGAGACCCCUGGCCACCCUCCCUGCCUUCAGUCGGUCCCGGGCCUCGUCGGAGAGCGCCCUCGACGAGGAGAUGUCGCGGCAGGACGACGGCAGCCUGGGGGCCCCCUCUCCGCUGGUCCAGGGGCCCCUCUCCAGUGACGACAGCGAAGAGGAUGGGGCGGAGGAGCCGGCUCCGUACCCCUCCUCCUCUUCCCAUCCCCGGCCCCUGGCGGUGUGCUCGUUUGGCAGCCACGCGCUGGGCCACGGCGUGUACACCUUCGACCGCCGCCUGCACCACCUGAGGUCAGCCCUCAGCUCCAUGCUGGAGCAGCACAUCAGCGCCCACCUGUGGAAGAAAAUACCUCAAGCCCAGGAGCCCCCGUCUCCCCAGCCCGCAGCACGAACCACCACCUCCUCUCCCUCCUCCACCUCCUCCUCCUCCUCCUCCUCCUCCUCGUCCUCCUCCUCCUCCUCAGUACAUUCCAAGGUCCGCACAGGAAGUCACACCAGCUCCUCUGCCAAAAGCUCUUCGUCCUCGUCCUCUUCCUCGUCGUCCGGCCGCGGGCUGGGGAGGCCCUCAGGCCCAUCGGAGAACUCCAGCAGUGGGGGCAGCGGCGGGGGGGGGCCCUGCUCGGCGGCGCGGGGCCCUUUGGGGCCGGGCCGACCCAAGAACCCGGUGGGGCGGCCAAGCAAGCAGAUGCUGAGGCAGCGGGACGCGGCGGUGGCGGCGGCCGCUCUACGGAAGCGCAAGGCGCCCUCGCAGGAGGGCGAGCACUCGGGCCCAGACAGGAACUGCGUCACACCUCAGGACCGAGGCCGCCCCCCUCCCUCGCCCUUCUCCCCCUCCCCUUCCUCGUCAAAGGCCAACCCCUCGCCCGUCGUUUCCCACGGACAGACCAACGGCAGUCUCUUGCCCGGGGGCAAGCCCCGCCCCCAGCCCUCCCCCUCAGAAACCCAUUCGCCGGCAACAGCCUUGUCAUACAAGCGGCUCCACCCCCCCGCCGCGGGCCACCCCUCGCCAGCCGAGGCCACAGCCACGCACGCCGCCACUAACUGUCGCGGCCCCGGGCCUGGGGGGGACCCGGGGCCGGGGGGGCGGCCCGGGGGCCGGGACUUUGAGCACCGGGCGCUGGUGAAGAAACGCAAGGCAGGAAACAAUAACAAUGGCGAACGCUUGCCGUCCACCAAGCCGCCGGCGCCCCGCCCUCCCCCCUCCUCGGCCUCCUCCUCGUCCCCGCGCUCCAACUUCUACCCCUGGAAGGAGAGCAAAGGGGGGCCGCUGGAGAAGAAGCUGGGCCCCCAGAAGCCAAAACUGCACCAUUAAUGAGUGCCUGCCUUAAAGCCACUAUGAGGAGCCAGCUCUGCACAGUCGUGUGUGUGUGUGUGUGUGUGUGUGUGUGUGUGUGUGUGUGUGUGUGUGUGUGUGUGUGUGUGUGUGUGUGUGUGUGUGUG